AUUAGGCAGCAACGAUAACCUAUCAACACAACACCGUGCAGGUUAUUACAUACUUGAUACUCAAGCGCGCCCCUUCCUCCGCGACUCAUCGUCAACUCCGCGAAUAUGCAGAACAGCAGUUAGCAGCCCAUCUGCACCAAUUCGGCACAAUUGGAUUCAUUGGCAUCACUCAGUUAUUACAAUAGAGCAAUACUCAAUCCGUUGGGUUGAGUAACACAUCUGGGCUUUGUUGAUCGAAACGGAGGUAAUUGUACAGUCGGUGAAAUAUUGUAAAAAGCGCAUCAUGACACGAACGAAAAACACAUCUUUAAAGAAAAUAGAACCAUGCGAAGUGAAAUGUACUGAACAGAGGCUACUGCAUAAAUGGACACGAUAUUCAAGCGCCAAACUCGAAGAGGUGGAGGAAACACUGUUGUCAGCUCUUCGGAAACCCUUCGAAAGUAUCUUUGUAGAGGUAGGUCAUUGUGUUGGCAAGAAUGAUAAGAUACGCACAGUUGCCCUAAACCGAGAAUCGGCAAACAUUCCUGUGCUGUUGUUACACGGGCUAGGCGCAGGCGUUGGGCUGUGGGUCCUAAACUUAGAUGCCAUUGCUGAUCACCGACCAAUGUACGCUAUUGAUAUACUGGGCUUUGGGCGAAGCUCCCAUCCGAAGUACGAUCCUGAUACGGCGGCCGCCGAACGGCAAUUUGUGGAAUCCAUCGAAGCCUGGCGUAUUGCUGUUGGUAUCAAGCAAAUGUACAUCCUCGGCCACUCGAUGGGAGGCUAUCUUGCCUGCAGCUAUGCUCUAUCGCAUCCGCAACGUGUUGCCGGUCUAAUACUAGCCGAUCCAUGGGGCUUCAUGGAGACACCGCCGAGAAUAAAGCGCAAAUACUGGAUACGUGUAUUGUACAGAACGGCUCGAAAAAUGAAUUUCUAUCCGCUAACGGUGGUUCGUCUUGCCGGUCCAACUGCCGCCUGGAUUUUGAGCCGAAGGCGGACUGAUAUCACAUCUCGUUUUGAAUCGAUUGUUCCCAACGAACGGGUGGUAGCCGACUAUCUGCAUCUGGUAAAUGCGCAGAAACCAUCCGGAGAAAGCGGUUUCUGUGCAAUCCAGAAAAACUUUGGUUGGCCGAUAAACCCGAUGCUGCAGCGUAUCGAUCAAAUUGACCCGAGCAUACCCAUGACGUUCAUCUAUGGCUCAGAAUCAUGGAUCGACUUGGAAGCCGGAGAAAUAACAAAAUCAAAACGCACUGGAAGUUUCGUGGAAGUGAAGAUAAUAGAUAAUGCAAGCCAUCAUUUGUACGCCGAUUUUCCUGACAUCUUCAACCGGCACGUUAACGAUGCUUGUCUGAAGUAUGACGCACGUAGUAGUACGCUUGCUACUAUGACAGAACUUUCUGAGGAAUAACAGAAAGCACUAGCGAUUCUAUCCCCCCAUGGUACAAAUAGCAAUCGAACGCAGUAAAUAUAACAGAAUCGCCUCGAAAUUAUGUACCUUGUACUGCCAGCCAUACAAAAAGACACUUGAACAUGAACUGAAAAAAAAUCUUGGAAAGCGAUUGGAUGCCAGUGCAAUGAUUGCCACAAAUUUCCUACUUCCCACCAGAUCUACAGAAUUUUUAUAAUAUUACAUUCUUCCAAAACAACAGCAACUGCUGGUCAAAUUACAGGACAAGGCAAGUGCUGACUGACGCGGUAUUUCCAGGUCAACAUUUCAAUUCUACACUAUUUACAUCUCAAAUCUGUUCCACCUGAACAAACACCAGUUUCCAGGAAUAUGCGAUCCGGUUCCUCCGUAGUUAUUAGAAGUAACAUAGAGCAGCUGCACUACGCUGCCACAAAUCAGAUGUCAUCCUAGAUGAAGUGAUAGCGCUUUUGAAAGCAAAACUGUAGGAUUAACGUCAACGAAGAUGCUUUUUACACAACCUGUCCAGCAGUUUUAGUACUACAACUUGUCUUUAAAUGUUUACAAUAUCGUAGAGUUUAUAACUCAGUUUGUCAAGGUUUUGUUAUCAACGGCAUAAUUGAUUGCUCGCAACAAUCGUUUGUUAACUCUAUGAGAGAUAGCUAAAAACAAUCAAGUUAUUGUAUCAUUUAAUAAGCCAA